GUAGAUUCGUAGAAAAGAGUUGGGAGCAAAAAGUUUGAAAGAAGGAGGAGCAGAGUUUUGCUGUGAGUAGGAAAAGUUCUGUUUUAGAGGUCGGACGUCAAAACAACUCAAGAAAAAGACUGGUCCUGAGACUGCGGAGGAGUCCAUUUAUGGGUAGGGGGUGGACCUAUAAUUAAGCGUCUAUCUGACAGAACUUCUUUGAAAAAAACCGCGAAGAUGGCAGCUGAAAGAUCAGUAUGUGGGCAGUGCGGAUGCUUUUAGCUCAUUUUCGACGUCCAUCUGAAAAGUCUGACAUGAAUAACGACAGAGCCGCUGAUCGAACCCUUGACAUUCGCGAGAUGGUCGAACUUCCGACACGGACACCGGACGGGGACCCGGCCGAUAAACAUUUGUUGGAAAGAGAGGAGCAACCUCGAUGUGCUCGACCCUACAAACCAGGUAUCGAUGUCAAUCUGUAUGCCACGAAGAAAAGCGUGGCUCAAGGUAUGAUGGAUAUUGCCCUCCUCACUGCAAAUGCUUCACAGUUGAAAUACAUUUUAAAGGAAGGAGCUGACAGUCGAUUCUACCUUGUAAAUGUCAUAUGUAUUGGAGUUUCUAUAGCUUUACAGCUGAUUGUUGGUGUUCUUUUGAUUUUAAAUACUCGAUAUAACAUCAAUUUAGUAAGCCAUCAAUCAAAAGCAGAACUUAUCAACAACCUUACAAUCAUCGGUAUUUUUCUUAUUACUGUAUCAAACGUUUUUGUGUCUGCCUUUGGAUCUACUCCAAGAUGAAAGAAGAUUUGAGUAAUCACAUUUUUAGCUUUUACACUUUUACAAACCAAAUCAUGUUUUUAAAAAUAUCUUGUUUAAUGUUUGUAACAAUGUGUUAUGCCAUUUGCUUAUGUAAUAGUUGUCAUUUCAAUGUAUCCAGUGUUUGUACACUGUGAAAGAAUUUUCAUUACUGCGGUGUUUGUAACAAUGGUGUUGUCUUAUUAGCUAAUAAAAGGUUUUCAUUUUAAUAAAUUAGUUUUUAGCAGGAAA